AUGUACUAUAAGGGUAGAGAUAAGUCCAAGUGGUGUGAGUUUCAUGAUGAUUACGGUCACAAGAUAGAUGAUUGCAAAGACCUUAAGGACGGGAUUGAAGACCUCAUCAGGCGAGGUUAUUUCACCCAGUACCAAGCAAGGACUGAUCGCAAAACUCCUCCUAGGGAGGAUGAAAAUAGUAACAGAAGGCCGGUAAAGGAUAGGAUCACUGAGAUCCAUGUCAUAAGCGGAGGACCGACAAGAGGCGACAGCAUUCACGGGGCGAAACCUAGCCUAAAAGAAGUUCGCCACCAGGUGAACUACAACAAUGCCAGGAAGUGGCUGGCACCUCCAUCAAUGUCGUCCGUGGCCUUUACUUCAGAGGACGCUAAAGGGAUCGUUUACCCCCAUGAUGACCCUUUGGUAGUAUCUCUGCAGAUAUCCAAUGCAAUGAUCCAUCGCAACCUGGUAGACGGAGGAAGCUCCGCCAAUAUUCUCUACAAAGAAACGUUUGAAAAAAUGGGCUUUGACGAAACAUGUUUGAAGCCGGUCUCUUACCCGGUUAUCGGUUUUACAGGAGUAUCUGUUGUCCCAGAAGGGACGGUAAAGCUAGCUGUAAGAUUAGGAGAAGUGUCCCGUUCCAAGGACCUCAUGGUGGAAUUUCUGGUUGUUGACGUCCCAGCGGCGUAUAACGCCAUCAUCGGAAGACCGCUAAUUCACGACGCCCAAGCCAUCGUCUCAACGUAUCACCUUACUAUGAUCUACACCUCCAAUGACGGCAACCCCGAAAAAAUCAGGGGCAACCAAGAGUCGGCAAGGGCUUGUUACCUUACCGCGCUAAAACACUCUGACCACAAACGACCCACUGAUACGCCGCCGUCAGAAAGAAAAAGGAUAAGGCUGGAAAACAAAGCCAAGAAGGAUUUGUCUAUGGAAACUUCGAGGCAAGGCCGGCAGAUCAGCCGAGACCCAGCCCAGAGGGGGAGACUGAAGAAAUCAGCUUGGAAGAGGAAAGACCUGAUAGAAUGGUGA